AUGACCCUCGACGGCACCGAGGCCUGGCGAACCGCCUACGCCGGCAACGUCGCCUGCCACCAAUUCUUCACGGCGGCCUUGCUACCCCUUCUCGACAAGGGGAGGGAGUGUGCACCAGGCUUCUCGAGCUCCAUCGUCAAUAUCUCCAGCGUAGCCGGUAUCACUAAAACGUCGUCGAGAGGGCAACUCGCCUAUUCCUCUGCUAAGGCGGCGUUGCUGCAUCUCACGCAGGAGUGGGCGCAUACGUUCAUCCCGUUGCGUAUUAGGGUUAAUUGUAUUGCUCCUGGGCCGUUCCCCACGGAGAUGACGACUGGUGGUUCGAAUGAGAAUAAUAAGUCGAAUUUGGGGCCGGAGGCUGGGAAGAAUCUUCCUGCUGGACGUGUGGGAAAGGACACUGAUAUCGGAAGCGCAAUCCUUUACCUCAGUGGUAAAUCGGGUACCUUUGUAAAUGGACAGAUUCUCCAUGUGGAUGGAGGACUACUCCUGAAAGCACCCGGUACGGGAUAA